AUGGUGGUCGCCAACGUUGUGGAGAAUGGCAAAACUACGGCACCAGCUUCCGGAGAGGCGACAACAACCGGCGACGAGACCAUGCAGCAAACGGCAGCUACCGGCCGGACGGAGAUGCGUCCGGUCAAGUAUCAUUACGCCGACUCGUUCUGGUGCACCUACCUGGUGUCGGUGUUUGCGGCCAGCAUCGCCGAAACGGUUACCUAUCCGCUGGAUCUGACCAAAACACGCCUCCAGAUACAGGGUGAAGCGGCAGCAGUCGAUGCAGAAGGUGCCGUCAAGAAGCUCAAAUAUCGUGGCAUGUUCGCCACUGCGACCGGUAUCAUCCGCGAGGAAGGUGCCCUCAAGUUGUGGCAAGGUAUCACACCCGCUCUGUACCGACAUCUAGUGUACAGCGGAGUUCGCAUCGUAACGUACGAUGCGCUACGCAAGAAGCUGCGCAACGGAAAGGAACAUUUUUCUCUCUGGCAAUCUGCCCUGUCCGGUGUCGGUGCUGGUGCACUCGCCCAAUGGCUCGCUUCACCGGCUGAUCUGGUAAAGGUACACAUCCAGAUGGAAGGUAAACGGCGUCUGCUGGGACUAGAGCCACGUGUACACAGUGCGGCACACGCUUUUCGCGAAAUAGUUAGCCGCGGUGGUAUCUUUGGACUGUGGAAAGGCAGCGUACCGAAUGUGCAGCGUGCGGCACUUGUUAAUCUGGGAGAUCUGACUACGUACGAUACGGUCAAGCACUUCAUUAUGCACAAAACAGGCCUGCCCGAUUGCCAUCUGGUGCACAUUAUGUCGUCGAUCUGUGCAGGUCUAGUGGCGGCCACCAUGGGCACACCGGCGGACGUCGUGAAGACGCGCAUCAUGAACCAACCGACAGAUGCGAGUGGCCGAGGACUGCUGUACAAAGGUUCGAUCGAUUGUCUGCAGCAAACUAUCGGAAAAGAAGGAUUUUUCGCACUGUACAAGGGUUUUCUGCCCGUAUGGAUACGAAUGGCCCCGUGGUCGCUUACGUUUUGGCUUUCGUUUGAGCAGAUUCGGGCCAGUCUUGGUGCUAGCGGAUACUGGUGA